AUGGUGCUUCUAAGAGCCACGGCUUUCGUUUUAGUCUUCGCCGUGCUGACGGCCGCGUUCUCAGCGGUGCACUGGCCGCUCAGACGCUCGUGGAUCGACAAGCUCAUUGCACCUGAAGAAAGGGAUGAUGAUGUGAGUGGUCGCCACGCCUUCCUCCCAAAGCAGUGUGUCUGGUGGGGUCGGCACGUGCCUUUGAGGCAGACUGAAUCAACCCUCUACCCCCUCUCCAUUCUUCCUUCUUCCCCAUGUUCUCUUCCCCUCCCCCCAGCCGCCCAUAGCAGUGUGUCUGGUGGGCCGCCCAUAGCAGUGUGUCUGGUGGGGUCGGCGCGGGCCUUUGAGGCAACGGGCCCCUCGCUGCUGCGCCACCUGCUGCUGCCCUCCGCGCACCCCUCCCCCCAACACCUCUCACACUGCUCCUCACACCUCUCCCACCGCUCCUCACACCUCUCCCACCGCCCCUUACACCUCUUCCUGCACGCGCCUCUAGACGAAACCGCUGCCAAACUCAGCUUCCUCCGAAGCUUCGUCCGUAGUACCAGCAGCGGCAUCUGGGGCAGCAGUAUUAGCUGGAAUUCUGGAUUAAAACGGAAGCCGAGGGGUAAUGACGUGGCAGCUCGGGAUUGGCCACAGCUGGCGCGGGAAAACGCCAUAGCAUCUGUGAGGGUCUUCCCGAACAGUGACGUGGAUGAGACAAAAUACCCCACUGGCGUGAUGUUCACUGGAGAUUCCCCCAGCGGCCUGCAGGGUCUGCUACAGUACUUCCGCCUGGUGGAGGGGUGCUGGGACAUGAUCCAAUCGUUUGAAGCCACGUCAGCACCGCCCCUGCGCUACAACUGGAUCGUGCGAGCCCGCCUCGACUCCCUCUGGACCGCCCCCGCUCCAAUCCAACCCCCGCCGCCCAUCCUGCCGCCCAGUGUCCCUGCUAUAGCCACCACCGCCGCUGCACCAGCAGGAGCAGCAGUAGCAGCAGCAGAAAUUCUUGAUGACAUUGGGGUGGGUGAUAACUUGGCCUACACGAUUCCGUAUGGGUCGGACUGGUGGGGGCUUAACGACCGGUUUGGGAUGGGAGGGAGGCAGGCGAGUGAAGCAGCGUUGAAGCGGCUGAGUGCGCUGCAGCUGCUGGCAAGGCGGAAGAUGCGGAACCUCAAUUCAGAAGGAGCCUUUAAAGCCCAGCUAUCGCUAGGGGGCAUCAAGGUGCAACGAGCCAGCCUGCCCUUCUGUGUGCUCUCCCAACGCACCUACACUGACGGCUGUGCCCCCACCGUUUACUCCCUCAACUCCUCCGUGCCGCUAAAUGGCGCCAAAUGCCGCCCGUGCAGCCGCCCGUGUGCUACAGGCGAAAAGAUCCACCCUUGUGCCGCGUCCCUUGUGCCGCGUCCCUUGUGCCGCGUCCCUUGUGCCGCGUCCCUUGUGCCGCGUCCCUUGUGCCGCGUCCCUUGUGCCGCGUCCCUUGUGCCGCGUCCCUUGUGCCGCGUCCCUUGUGCCGCGUCCCUUGUGCCGCGUCCCUUGUGCUGCGUCCCUUGUGCCGCGUCCCUUGUGCCGCGUCCCAUGUGCUCCCACCCAUGUGCUGCCACCCAUGUGCUCUCUCAACUCCUCACCUCAGUACCGCUAAAUAGCGGCAAAUGCCGCCCGUGCAGCCGCCCGUGUGCUUCUGGGAGGAAGGUAACUGAUAAGGGGAGAUUGCCGCUGGUGCCGGCCAUGCGACCGUCUGCCCGAGCUCUUGUCUCCCGCAUCGCCCCUUCCAAACCUAACUGGCCGUGGCCAGCAGCGGGGGAGGGCGAGGCCCGAGCUCUCGUCUCCCGCAUCGCCCCUUCUGAACCUAACUGGCCGGGGCCAGCAGCAGGGGAGGGCGAGGUGGGGGUGUGUGAUGCGGCGAGGGGGUGGGAGAAAGGGUGGGAGGCGGAGUUUGAUGCGGUUAUGGGGGAGGAUAUGGCGGAGGGGAGGAGGCAAGUGGUGCGGGAGGCAAUGGGGAGUAUUGACGAGUGUGUGCAAGCAUGGGAUGUGGUGAGAUUGAGGAGGAGGGGGGACCGUUGGUCACCUCUAUAUGGACGUGAGUCGGCCCCCCACUCGCCCGGGCCUGCCGCACCACCUCCACAAACGUGUCUGCGGCGUGAUCGAGGGCAGGAUCCUGCUAGCGACCAUUACCGCCACGACCUCCGCCAUUCCGCCGGCCUCGCCGGCCGUCAGAACCUGCCGAGUGAGGACGCGGGGGGGACUGCUCGCGACGCCCCGAAUCCCAGCGACGUCCAGGCGACCCUCUCCCCCUCGUCGCCGGAGAUCGCCGCGGAGACCGUUGCGCGGGGGAUCGCGCUCGGGGUGAGCGCUGGCCUGCCCGACCACGAGGAGACGGGUGGCGAGGAGAACGAGGACGCCCAGGGGAUCGCCGAUCGCCCCCACCCCGCGGAUGAGCCUCACGAUGCUCAGGAGAUGGGCGCCGAGGAGAGGGCUGCCGCGGAGGCUGACGCAGAGGCGAGCGCCCGCGCUCCUGCUGCGGCUGACCGUUCGGGCGGUUCGACGCAACACGCGCAGGGGCCCACGAAUACUCCGGCUAGGUGGGGCGCGGGGCAGGCCGUUGGGGAAGAGUCAGCACCCGGUCGAAGCGGCGGACGGGCUCGCUUGCGGAGGGGUGCGCAGGGACACGCGGGCGAAGACCGCCAGGCGCAGGUUCCGGCAACGCGCUCUUCGCGGAUCCCUCGAGCUCCGGAUCCCGUCUCGCGGAUGGAUCCAUCACCCCCGACCGCACCGCAGCCGACGCCAUCACGCCGACUAAACGAGGACGAGGUGGACGUGGCGCCGCAGGCAGGGCGCGUGGGAGCCGCGGAAGGGAGAGGAACGCGGGGUAUCCGCGUGGGACGCGGCAGCAGCCGCCGCGGACGACGAGGGAAUGGGAGAGGACGAAGAGGUGGAGGAGCGCGCGGCACAAAUCGGCGCCGCACCGGCGCAAGCGGUUACGCGAGAACUGGUGGACGGCUAAUACGCGAAGGCGUGGAAGGCGGCGAGGAGGAGCACAGCGAGGAGGCAGAGGACGAAGCUGAGAAUGAAGAAAGCGAAGGGGGUGACCCUGUUUUCAACCCAGAAAGAGAGGGGAUGUUGGAAGCAGAAGCCGAGGACGAGGAAGAAUUGGAGACGCUACUUCGAGAAGCGGAGUUUCCAAACCAUCAGGCCCGGGACGAACCUGCAACUCGAACCACAGGUCGAAAUCGAACCGCGGGGGGAAAUCGUGCAAGGGGGGGAAAUUGA